ACGGACUGAAUAAAGGAUUCGCGGAAGCGACGUUUGGGUUAAAUUAGCCCGAUGGCCUAGUCUCCCUCUCCCCAAUAGGCCGCAGUAGCAGCUCGUGUACUUGGGGGAUGCAGUAACCACGGGGGGAUUCGAACAGACAGUACGUGCGCAUUAUUGCCAGGCAGGAUGCUACAUUGCUUCAGUCUUGCUGCAACGUUCUUGGAGAUUUUAGAUAUAUCGCAUGUGUGUAUCCAUAUAGCUGUCGGAGCGUACGACAUGUUGAAAUCGGGUAUUUGGGAAUGAUUUGCCUGAUCAGUAGGAGGAGGAUUCGGACCAGGACUCCACACUGUUGAUAAGGACAUGGGACUCUCCUUGCCAGCUUCCAUCAGGUUCAAUACAAUUGACAUCUUCAUCAGCAGCACUAAGGAGGAACCUUGGUUUGGUUUAUUACCUAGUUACAGAAGCAUUGCUGGCAAAAGCCGAAGGUGGACAUAGAAAAUCGCAUUGCACUAUUGAAAGAGCAGGGAGUUCUGGUAUCCUGGUCAACGUUAUUUCCCUCCUCAAACAUCGCCAAAACAGUAAACGGCCAGUCAUCACAUUUGCUGAUUGUGUACAACAACAUCCCACAAUGUGGAUGUCACACUUGUCUCCAAAACAGUGAAGCACUUUAGAAGUCCUGAGGGCAUGGUAUCCCAUUUUUAGUAGAAUUCAGAGUGAACUUAUUCAAUGACAAUGUCUGAUAAUAGUAUUGUAAAAGAAGAAGCUGAAGCAAUGAGGGCUAAAGAGAGCACCUUUAAGCAGACAUCAAUAACCGAAAACCUAGUCAAAUCAGAAAGCCAUGAAUCAAAGGCAAUGGAAAAGGAUGAAGGCUGUACAGAUAGGAGAAUUGAUUCUCAGAGACAAAUACAAAGUCUUGGACAGCAUGGAGAAAGGUCCAAGUCGAAUUCAAAGUUAAAGCUAGUGCGGAGCCUGGCUGUGUGUGACGAGUCCUCUCCUCCGCCCACAGCUGAUGUUCCACAGGAGAAUCAGGAUAAAAUUCAACUACAAUUAACACAAACAUUUGAUAAGGAAGAGCAACUUGCGAAUGAUGAAGCUGAAAAGGAAGAGUGCACAGACAAACCAGAAAAAACACAUAAAAAAAUGUUAUCAAGAGAUUCCAGCCAAGAAUAUACAGAUUCCACUGGAAUUGAUCUGCAUGAAUUUUUAGUAAAUACUUUGAAAAAUAAUCCCAGGGAUAGAAUGAUGUUGCUGAAGUUAGAGCAAGAAAUUCUGGAUUUUAUCAGUAAUAACAAUAUUCAAUAUAGGAAGUUUCCCCCUAUGACCUCCUAUCACAGGAUGUUGUUGCACAGAGUGGCUGCAUACUUUGGCUUGGAUCAUAAUGUUGACCAAACAGGAAAAGCUGUGAUUGUAAACAAAACUAGUAACACAAGAAUACCUGAUCAGAAGUUUUGUGAACAUAUAAAAGAUGAGACAGUUGAUGAUUUUCAGAAGAGGUAUAUUCUUAAACGAGAUAACUCGAGCAUUGAUAAAGAUGAUAACCAAAUACGUAUCAGAUUGCGGCAUGAUAGAAGAAGCAAAUCAAUAGAGGAGAGGGAAGAGGAAUAUCAGCGGGUCAGAGAUAGGAUAUUUUCUCAAGAUUUGUCAUUUUCCCAGGAUAAUUACUUUACUGAUAAAAGAUCUCCCGAAGAAGAAGCUGCUAACAGCACCCAACAAAGACGUCAGAUAUUUAGAGGAAAUAAGGAUGGCACAGGGAGAUCCUCCAAUAGUUGGCAGAGCAGUACUGAAAAUGAACAUAAGUGGUCAGAGCCACGUCCGUGGAGUAGUACAGAUUCGGAUAGCUCCAACCGCAACCUGAAACCUGCGAUGACGAAAGCUAGCAGCUUCAGUGGAAUUUCUGUAUUGGCAAGAGGUGAUAGCUCUGGUAGCAGCAAAAGUACAGGCAGGCUUUCAAAAACAGGUUCAGAAUCUUCUAGUAGUGUAGGGUCAUCCACUGGUUCCCUUUCUCGCACCCAUCAACCUCUUCCAGUCACAGCUAUGAGCCAGACUCAUGGUGUGCCAGCCGUCUAUUCAGCUGUCAACACUAGUAAUUCUCUUACCUUUGAUGGUGGCAUGAGUGGGCAAGUGAUUCCUACUAGCACUAGCUUCUUUUUGCUUCCCUUGGAAGCUGCAGGCAUACCACCUGGCAGUAUUCUCGUGAACCCUCAAACAGGACAGCCUUUCAUGAAUCCAGAUGGUACAACAGUAUUGUUUAAUCCCCCACCUGUCCAGCAGCCUGUGAGAAACCCUAUGGCUGAUCCUGCACAGCAAACACAGCCGACUUGUCCACAGCAGCAGCAAGUACCAAAUCAGAUCCUUUCCCAGCCAAUUCGGGCUCUGCAGUCUUCCUCACAGCCUAUCCAGUACUCUGCGGUCUCUUACCCACCUCAGCUCCUGCCAGUAUCACCUACCCAGCAAUACACUGUGCAAGAAAGCAUUGGUGCUCAGUUUAGUCAGAUGAGCCUUGGCCGUCAGCCAUCUGCUGAAGUUCCGGAUGCCCAUACUGCCAUAUUCCCAUCAUCAGUUGUACUUCAGCCACAGCAACAGCCUGGCUUUAUCAUGGCAUCCCCAGGACAACCCCUUUCUACACCUGGCUAUUCUGCCUCCGGUGCAUCAGUUAGUCAGCAAGUGCUUCAACAACAGGGAUAUGUGCAGCAGCCGAUUCAGCAGCUGCCUAGCUGCUUCUGUGCUCCAGGUCAGUACCCCCAUUCCAAUCAGCAGUAUCGGCCACUUACCCCUGUCCAUUUUAACACCCAACAGAAUCAGCCACUGUCUCAAACUACCCCUCAAACAGGUUUUCAAACUGUGAUGUCAAGUCAGCAGCAAAGCUACCAAGGAUUGGUUGGUGUUCAGGCUCAAAAUCAAAAUGUUAUGAGUGGCCAACAUAGUGGUAUGAGCAAUCAGAUGCAAGGCAUGAUGGUUCAGUUUCCUUCGGUGCAAUCCUAUCAGAUUUCAUUGACUGCAGGCUCACAAGGAAUGAGUCAGCAGCCCUAUCAACAGACAAUUUUAAUCCCAAAUCAAUCAAGUCAAGGGUCUUUACCUUCUGCAGGAAUGCCUGUCUAUUACAGUGUUAUCCCACCAAGUCACCAAAAUAAUAUGAGUUCAUCGGCAGGUUAUUUGCAGCCUCCAGGAGCAGACCAGAUACAGUUCCCUCGCCCAUCUUCCCCAUGUAGUUCUCAGUUACAAAGCCAGCAGUGUGCAGCUGUUGUUUCACCACAUGGCAGUGGGAUGCUCAUGAUGCAGCUUAGCAUUCCGAACAACCCUCAUCCGCGGAAUCAUUCUCCACCUCAGUGGAAACAAAGUAAAUAUUUCAGUAUGGACCAGAGAGGACACAAAUCUGCAGAAUUUAACAGCCCAGAGAUUACCACACAGAACAGUCCACAACUGAGUAGUCCUGCUGUAUCACCAGCCCAGUCUCCAGCACCACCACCAAUGGCAACUUUAAAAAAUGUCCGGACUGGAUUAGGCCCUCUCCCAAUCAUGGCACAGUUUCCACGAUCUAUGGUCCCUGGACAAGGAGAUGGACGCUACCCUUUGCUGGGCCAGCCUUUGCAAUAUAAUGCACCAAUCCGCCCUCUUAUCCAGGGACCACAUAUAGUCUCAACACAGCAGGGUCAGAAUUUGAAUAGACAUGGUGGAAGAGGAAAGAAACAGACUAGGAAAGCAGCAUCAACAGAUCUUGGUGCAGGAGAACCAGUUGUCAGCAGAAUCUUGGAGGUGACUGACCUUCCAGAAGGAAUUAGUCGUACAGAAGCUGAUAAGCUUUUAAGUGAACUCUUUAAAGCUGGUGCUAAGAUUCGAUGGCUACGAGAUACUCAACCACAUUGUGGUGGUGGUGAUAGUAAUGCAAACACAGAACAUUCAAAAUCUUCCAGUGACUUGGCAUCCAUGUACACAAUCUUAGCGAUGUUUCCUUCAAAACUGGCUGCUCAGAAUGCAUUAUUGAAACAAAAUAACUCAAACAGAUUUAAACUGAGAUCAAGCAAGAAGCACUACGAUUUUCACAUAAUGGAAAGGGCUAGUUCUCAGUAGUUUACACUGCACUGGACUUGCAGUUUCUUCCAUUUAUCUCCCUCCUGAAUUGGACGUGUAUAAUGGUUUCUGUUGAUAUAUAGACUUCUGGAACGUGGUGUUUUACAAUAUAACAAUUGAAGAAAACCAGUGAUCCACCAAAAAGGCUGAGUUUCCUAAUUUAUGUUCACCGUUGUCACAACAAAGUAUCUGAGCAUAUCACAAAGCUGUGUCUUUAUAUGGAGAAUGCUGUAGAAUCACAGUACAAAUUUUAUAGCCCUUUUGUUUAUAUUUGUGAAUCUUGUAUCCAAUCGAGAGCUCCAUUGUACAGCAACUCUUACAUGAAUGCCAUCAGCCAGUAAUUACUUGAUUUGACAGGUUUCGACCCCAGCAGAGCCAACGUAAUGUGAGCUUGCUUAAAAAAAAACCCAAAGUAUAUUAAUUUGGAGAAGCCCAGGUAGUCUGUGGGAAUUAAGUAGUUGGUUAUCUUUCUCAGCUGAUCAUCAGUGAUCUACAAAGAUGAAUGUGUGAAAAUAAUGCCUUUUGAAUGCAGACUGAAGAUUUUGCGAUUGGCAUCCUGGAUUCAAUCAGUUUUAAACUUAGACCCCAAUGCCCUAUUUUAGGUCAACUUUAUACUAAUUGGGCUCCAAUUUACUUGUGUGGACAUUCCUCUUUUUGUUAUGAAGCUCCAGAUGCAAUUUUUGUGUUUUUUUUUUAAAUGCUGGACAUUUGUUAGAUGUUUGUGUUUUAAGUUCACCUAAUAUUGAGGAUCACUGGACAUCAACAGAAUUGUUGCUUUAUUGCCAAACAAACCUAUCAUUUCUUUUUGGUUGUGUGUAAAUCCUGCCAGGCUGUACAAUGUGUGCUGAUGCAAGUUUAUUUCCCCCCCUUUUUCAGUUCAAGGAAAAAAAAAUAAA